AUGUAUCGAAACAGCAAUAAGAAAUGGUUCCUUUGCAAGCCCAACUGGAAGAACAUACAGCUGCAGCAGUUCGAGAACAACCUGUACCAGGAACACCCUCACACGGCAGGCCGUUCGAUGGCCGAAGUGGAAGCCUACAGAAAUGCCAACGGUGUAUCGGUGAAAGAGAACGACGUGCCGAAACCCAUACUCGCCUUGGAAGAGUCCAACUUUCUGGACUACGUCAUCAAGGCAAUAGGGGCACAACGCGACUACAUGUCACCAACGUGCAUCGAGGCCUACUGCUGGCCCAUCGCACUCUCUUGCAGGAACUUUCUUGGCAUAGCGGAGACGGGAUCACACAAGGCGCUCGCCUACGUCCUUCCGGCCGUCAUAGACGUCAGCCGCCAGCCUCCCCGGCAAUGGCACGAAGGCCCCAUUGCCUUAGUCGUAGAUCCGACGUGCGAGCUGGCCAAGCAGAUUCACAUCGUGGCCUCAGAGCUCGGCGAGCACGCUGGGGUGGGCAGCGUGUGCGCCGUGAGUGGUGACUGCAGAAGAGGCCAGUACGCAGAGCUUCAGAAGGGCUGCCAUAUCCUCGUGGCCACGCCUGGACGCCUCAUUGAGUUCCUCGAUGAGAGCAAGGUGAAUCUGCACCACUGCACUUACCUCGUCCUCGUCGAUGUGGACCGCAUGCUAUGGGAUACAAGCAGCACGUCCUCAAAAUUGCCGAGCUUUGUCGGCCAGACCACCAAACGAUAA